AUGGCGAAAGAUCAAUCAAGCAAAAGCCUCGCCAGAAGUUCAUAUGAGAAGAUAUCCAAAGUCACUUUUGGCUCUUUACGUCGAAUUUCACACUGUCCUAAGAACACUAACAUUCCAAAUCCUUCACUGACAACCACUGAUGCUCCCCAAAUCCCAUCACUCCCUCUUCACCAACCCGUUUCAGGCGAAGCGCUGCAGAAUCAAAUCCCAUGCGAGUCCAUUCCUCCCCCCGUAGUAAAACCCACUAAAAAGUUUGUGCGUUUCUCUUCAAGUAACAUCAAGAAAACUAGAGAUGGUGAUGGUGGUGCAGGAGGGAAGGAGUUGACUGGGCAGACGACUUUUAGUGAGCAAAACGUCAAUGGUUAUAUCGAUCGUACGAAAAUGAAGAUGAGAGCUCCUUCAAAUGUUUCUAUUUCUAGGCGUGAAAGCUUCAACGACAAGUUUUCAAGUUAUAUUAGCCGAACCAAGUUCAGGUUGAGAACUACUUCAACUGUGGGUGCCGAUGGGAAGACUGUGUCCUCUGGAUGA